AUGGCAGAGACCGCGCCAGCAGCCGCUGCUCCUCCUCCCGCCGAAGCGGCCGCCAAGUCCAAGAAGCAGCCGAGGAAAUCCGCCGCGGCAGGGGGCGCCAAGAAAAGCAAGAAGCCGUCCGGUCCCAGCGUGUCCGAGCUCCUGGUCACAGCCGUGUCCGCCUCCAAGGAGCGCAGCGGGGUGUCUCUGGCCGCCCUGAAGAAGGCUCUGGCUGCCGGAGGAUGCGAUGUGGAGAAGAACAAUAGCCGCAUCAAGGUGGCCAUCAGGGCUCUGGUCACCAAGGGGACCCUCACCCAGGUGAAGGGCAGCGGCGCCUCCGGCUCCUUCAAGCUCAACAAGAAGCAGCAGGAGACCAAGGACAAGGCGGCGGCCAAGAAGAAGAAGCCGGCGGCGGCCAAGAAACCUGCAGCUACUGCGGCCAAGAAACCCGCUAAAUCCCCGAAGAAGGCUCCGGCCAAGAGCCCGAAAAAGGCUAAGAAACCAGCCGCGGCCAAGAAAGCAGCCAAGAGCCCCAAGAAGCCGAAGGCUGCCCCCAAGCCCAAGAAGCUGGCCAAGAGUCCGGCCAAGAAGGCGGCCAAACCCAAGGCUGCCAAGAGUCCGGCUAAGAAGGCGGCCAAACCCAAGGCUGCUAAGAGUCCGGCUAAGAAGGCGGCCAAACCCAAGGCUGCCAAGAGUCCGGCUAAGAAAGCGGCGAAAGCCAAGAAGAGCGCAGCCAAGAAGUAA